AAUAAACCCCUCUUCUUCAUCUCUUCUUUUGCAGCAAGUAAACCCAAAUGCCCUUUUGAAGAAACGCAUAAAAGGAGACGAUUCUGUGAUCCAAUCUCUCGACGUUUGUGAGUUUCUUUAAUUAAACCCGGUUAAUCAUGGUGCUCGAGGCGACAAUGAUCUGCAUCGAUAAUUCUGAGUGGAUGAGGAACGGCGAUUACUCCCCGAAUCGAUUUCAGGCUCAAGCUGACGCUGUUAGUCUCAUCUGUGGCGCAAAAACCCAGUCAAAUCCAGAGAAUACAGUGGGGGUAUUAACAAUGGCAGGAAAAGGGGUUCGCGUAUUGGUAACACCGACCAGCGAUCUUGGAAAGAUCCUAGGUUGCAUGCACGGUCUAGAAAUAGGUGGUGAGAUGAACUUGGCUGCAGGGAUCCAGGUGGCCCAGCUGGCUCUCAAGCAUCGCCAAAACAAAAAGCAACAACAAAGGAUUAUCGUAUUUGCUGGGGGUCCUGUGAAAUAUGACAAGAAGGUGUUGGAGAUGAUUGGAAGGAAAUUGAAAAAGAACAGUGUUGCACUUGAUGUUGUUAAUUUUGGCGAGGAAGAUGAGGGCAAGACUGAGAAGCUUGAGGCUCUGGUUGCUGCUGUGAAUAAUAAUGAAAGCAGUCAUGUUGUGCAUGUUCCUCCUGGUCCAAGUGCUCUUUCUGAUGUGCUCAUCAGUACACCUAUCUUUACUGGUGAUGGAGAGGGGGGAAGUGGUUUUGCAGCUGCUGCAGCAGCGGCCAGUGGAGUAUCUGGUUUUGAAUUUGGCGUUGAUCCAAACCUAGAUCCUGAACUUGCUCUCGCACUUAGAGUUUCAAUGGAAGAGGAGAGGGCAAGGCAAGAAGCAGCUGCAAAGAAGGCUGCAGAAGAAGCUGCAAAGCAGGAAAGUGGAGAACAUUCUGCGUCACAGGAUGCUACCAUAUCUGAAAAUGUGAACACUGCAACUACUGAGCCUGAAAACAAGACAAAAGACCUAAUGGAUGAUGAAAAUGCAUUGUUACAGCAGGCUCUUGCAAUGUCUAUGGAUGAUUCUUCCUCUGCUGUUGCUACGCGGGAUACUGAAAUGGCAGAUCCUGCUACCGAUGAUCACGAUUUGCAGCUUGCCCUUCAAAUGUCCGUGCAGGAGGGUACGAAAGACCAAUCAAACCAGACAGAUAUGAAUAAGCUGCUAGCAGACCAGUCUUUUGUGUCCUCUAUCCUGGCUUCGCUUCCAGGAGUUGAUCCAAAUGAUCCCUCUGUCAAAGAUAUGCUUGCUUCCAUGCAAAGUCAGUCUGAGCCCCAGCAGAAUAAGGAUGAAGAUAAAGCACCGAAAGAAGAGGAAAAGAAGUGAUGAUGCCUCAGUUAAUAUCCACUGUCAGGUUAUGCAGUCCCUUGCUGAGUUUUUCCUGCAGUUUUGAGUUGCAGGAUGGGAAUAAUUGUUGUCAAAGUGGAUUGUAACAUGAAUGAUGGAAAAUUCUGUUAUUUCUGCAUGAUUUAUCUCUUAUUACUAUAUUAGUUGUUCAAUUUUCCGUCUUUUCAAAUGGAUUACAAUGGAUUGUGCAAAUGGUGUAUGCUAUUGAACUACAUCUGAAGGAUUACUUAUCUUCAUCA